CCACAACCGGCGUCGUCCGCCGCGGCCCGGGGGGAACUGAAGGAAAGUCAUCAUGGGAGCGUUUUUAGACAAGCCAAAGAUGGAGAAGCAUAAUGCCCAGGGGCAAGGGAAUGGGCUUCGUUAUGGUCUGAGUAGCAUGCAAGGUUGGCGAGUUGAAAUGGAGGAUGCACAUACGGCUGUUAUUGGUUUGCCAAAUGGACUUGAUGGAUGGUCAUUUUUUGCUGUAUAUGAUGGGCACGCUGGAUCACAGGUUGCCAAGUACUGCUGUGAGCAUUUAUUAGAUCAUAUCACGAGCAACCAGGAUUUUAAAGGGCCAGAUGGGCCACCGUCUGUGGAAAGUGUAAAGAGCGGCAUCAGAACAGGUUUUCUGCAAAUUGAUGAACACAUGAGAGUCAUCUCUGAGAAGAAACAUGGUGCAGACAGAAGUGGGUCAACAGCUGUGGGUGUCAUGAUUUCUCCCCAACAUACAUAUUUCAUCAACUGUGGAGACUCGAGAGGUUUACUUUGUAGAAACAGGAAGGUUCAUUUCUUCACACAGGAUCACAAACCAAGUAAUCCACUGGAGAAAGAGCGUAUACAGAAUGCAGGUGGCUCUGUAAUGAUUCAGCGUGUGAAUGGCUCUCUUGCUGUUUCAAGGGCACUUGGGGACUUUGAUUACAAAUGUGUCCAUGGGAAAGGUCCUACAGAACAGCUAGUCUCACCUGAGCCUGAAGUUUAUGAAAUUGAGAGAUCAGAAGAAGAUGAUCAGUUCAUCAUACUGGCUUGCGAUGGUAUUUGGGAUGUUAUGGGCAAUGAAGAGCUGUGUGACUUUGUAAGAUCCAGACUUGAAGUCACUGAUGACCUUGAGAAAGUUUGCAAUGAGAUAGUUGACACCUGCUUGUACAAGGGAAGUCGAGACAACAUGAGUGUGAUAUUGAUCUGUUUUCCGAAUGCACCAAAGGUAUCGCCAGAGGCGGUGAAAAGAGAGGCAGAGUUGGACAAGUACCUGGAAAGCAGAGUAGAAGAGAUCAUAAAGAAGCAGGGUGAAGGAGUCCCAGACUUAGUCCACGUGAUGCGUACGUUAGCAACUGAGAGCAUCCCAAACCUCCCGCCGGGAGGUGAAUUGGCAAGCAAACGGAGUGUGAUUGAAGCUGUUUAUAACAGACUGAACCCUUACAGGAAUGAUGACACUGAUUCUGCCUCAACUGAUGAUAUGUGGUAAAACUGCUCAUCUAGCUGUGGAGUUCACGUUUCACCCUUCAAAUGAAAGUGCAGCCCAACCUCAGUGACCCUUCUUAACAUCCAUCCUGAACCUUAAUUAAAGAAGGGAACAUGAUGUUGGUGAGAGUGACUACAGCAGUACGACGUCUAGCCCAGGAACUGAUCUUUUUUGUAAAACAGACUUCUGUAAACGUGAUUUCAAACCAUAAUUCAUGUUGUAAAUCAGACUCCAGCAAUUUAUGUUGUAUGAUUUUUGUUUUUUGUAAAGUGCAAUUGUCUUUGUACAAAAUGCUCAUAUUUAAUUAUGAACUGCUUUAAAUCAUUAUAAAGGUUAGAAGAAAUGUUUGGCUUGUGUGAUGCAACAGUAUAUAUCCCUUUAAAUUCAUGUUGUGGUUUUGGCUUGCAAGGAGCAGCAGCCUAGCCAGCUAGGUGCUCAAGAGGUGCACAAAACUGUAAAGAUCAUUUUUCUUUGUUUUAUAUGAAAGCUGAACUCAUGGGAAAUUUACCAGAAAUUACAGCGUGUGAAUUUGCUUGGCAAUGGAAAAAUAAUGAGUAGUGCACAUUCUUCAACAAACGUGUAUCGUUUCCUUGGAUGCGCUCCUGCUCUCGCAUCAAGUUAGAGGGAGGUCUGAUUCUGACUUCAGUGGGAGUCAUGCCGCAUUAAUAGUAUCAUGUUCAUACACGUACCAACCUUGGGAUUAGAAUGCCUUGAUUCUUUGCACCUCUUGUUGUUCUUUUCAUUAACCCUUACCUGAAACUACUAAUCACUGAGCAUGAACAGGCAGCUUUCUACAUACAGUAGAAGUCUGCAGCAUUUUUUACAAUCCUGAUUGGCUGGGUCUGCUGCUGUUCCAAGUAAAAUACUUUGAAUUCCAUUUUAUCAAUAAAGCUUGAUUUAACAAACAAGAAAUUUAUCCAUAAAUGUGUAAUUCCUUUUUUCCUGCCUUUGAAAAUGUCAGUGCCAUUGUAAAGGAUAUUUUACUUGUGGAAGACUAUUUUUAUUAAUUGGUAGCCCAUUUUUAAAAUGGGAAGGAUUUUGAUUAUUGCCCGAGACACAGCCAUAUGCUAGAGGGUGAUGUGGGAUUAAUCUGUUAACCUAUUUUUUACAAGCGUGGGUUUUUUCAGGCUUUUCAGUGGUUUUGGUUUUUCCUCCCCACUGAAGAUGUGCAUUGAUUUGAAUUUGCCUACUGUUUGAUAAAAAUACAUUUGUCAAAGCCUGACAAUCUUUUAACAUUUUCUGGUGUGUGUUUUUAAUUGACCCACUUACUUAGAAUGAGAGACUAGUGGUUAAACUUGUGAUUUGAGAUAUAGCAUGUUGACAAUAUUUAACUGUUCGUUGUUUAAAAUUCUAAUUUAAAAUUUUAUAAGAUAAUAAACUAAUUUUAAGCUUAGCUUUCUCCCAUUGAGCAUAUGGAAAAUUAAGUUUUCGAGUCAAUCGUGUUUGCAAAACUGCUGUUUUGUGCACCUUGUAUUGUCUUUUUGGUUGAGAAUAUUGUAUUUAAUAUGUAGUUUACUCAUUUAGUAGGCAGAUUCCCCAAAAAGGAAAAAUCAGUAAAACAAGUAGAUUGUAACAUUUACCGCAGUUAAACAGAAUCAGAACUUGGUGUAUAAUUACUUUUUGAUAGGAAAAUAUAGUACAAUGCAUUUUGCUAUAUUUGUCUUUCCCUAACUUUGAAAUAUACAUAUUUGUAUAUAUAGCCUUAAAACUAAUGCAGAGUUAGGGAACACUGAACAGUGAAAAAGUAACUUAUAGUGUCUUGGAACUAAGUAUAGUAUAUACCAGCAAACUUUUCUUUUAUCCCUCUUGUCUAUGUGGGGUGCUUAAACGUAACUUCAUUGUAUUCAGUUUGUAAUCUGUUCAAGCAUGAAUGAAGAAAACAUAAGCACUAUUUGUAUUUAUAAAUUUAUAGCAACUUUUGCUUAAAGAACCAGUUCCUUACCUACCUAUGAAUAAAUGCUUAAAAUGUCUAAUUUUGUUGUAGAGUGCAAAACUAUAAUAAUGUUAAGUUAUAGCUUCACAGGCACCUAAUUAACAAGCAUAUUUAAUAAUACAUGGCGUAUUAGUGCAAAAAGCUAAGCUUAAUUUAGGACUAGGCAGAUAAAGUUCUGUCCUUUUUUCAUAGAGACUCAAGUUUAGUUUUGGAAACUGCAAAACCUUGAACUGGACUGUGGAACCUUUGAGUUUUAAACUUCUAACAAUCAGAAGCAAAACUGGUGUGAAAAGCCAUACUUCAAACCAUAAUCACUUAAACUGUCUCAGUUGAGAAAUUAUCUCUUUGAAGCCUCUUCUGAGGAGGGUCUCCUAAAGGUUAGAAAAAAAUUAAUUCUCCUAUCGCUACAGGCGAUGUAACCGGGUUUGAGGGUAGUGGAAGAAAGGCCAUUUCAGGCCUUUCUCUCCCCUGCCUACGUUCAGCAUUUUGAGGUCAGAGCAAUGAAUCUAUUUGUAUGCAUACACUGCCAUUUUAGAUACAGAUUUUGAUUACAGAACACACAAGUAUGUAAAAUAUCCUAGAAAAGAGGCAAGCUGUACUUUUCACUGCUCUGAAAAGAAAAAGGCACUUUUGCACCUUUUUGCAUCUCCUUCUUGCACCAGAAACUUUCUUUUUUUCAAUGCUAAAAACAUUAGCACCUCAGGGGCAAGGCAGCAAUUUUUUUUAAAUUUUAUUUGAAGUGUUGUGUGCUAUUUAUUUCCCUCUUGGAAGAAGAUUCCUGUGUAGCAAAAAUGAAAAUUGUGUGAUGUUAAAAAUAUGUAUUUUUUUAAAUACAUGUUAAAAUAGGAUGGUCCCAAUUUGCUUGUUUUUAAAAGGCAAUGACACUUGUAAAGCUCCUUUGCUUAGUAUGCUGUGCAACUUUGUUUUCCUCCUUCGCUUGGCAGCUUCACUGGCUUCAGUUUCUGUGAGUUGUGUUACAGUCAUUAAAUGUUUUCACUGAUCCUUCUGGAAGAACACCUGUACUGCUUUAUAGACAACUGUUUCAACUAAUGCUCACUAAU